CCCUCCUGUAGUAUUCUCAUACCUUCUUCAGCAUGACUGAGGCUAUAGCUUAUGGAGAGGCUUCUGAUGGCCUUCUUGACUUCUUCACUUUUGCAAUGUUCAUCCUCGAUGAUAUUGACUUCGGGGACUCAAGACCUAGCGUGAAGAAUGCUCUUGGGGGAGCGGCGUCAUUUGCAGCUGUUGGCGCACGCUUGGUCGCUGGAAGAACGCAUGCACGCUCGGUGAGUUGGAUUGUUGAUGUCGGCUCCGACUUCCCUCCAGAGGUCCUAGACGUCAUCAAGUCAUGGAACACGAAUUGUGUAAUUCGGGAAGACAAGACGAGAUUGACUACUAGAGCGUGGAAUGGCUACGGCUUGAAUGAGAAGCGAGAUUUUAAAUAUCUAACCCCGAAAUUACGACUUGAACCUUACAUGCUCUCCGAGGCCCAGGUAUUUGCGAGGACAUUCCAUAUGGUCUGUUCUGCUACCCGAUGCAUUUUCAUCGUCCAGGAAAUAUUAAAAAUACGUGGUGAACUUAAGCGAGAAGGCAAAUAUCCCAAGUCAGAGCCUGUUCCCGAACGGCCAUUCUUCAUUUGGGAGCCUGUGCCCGACCUCUGCACUCCAGAAGAACAGGAGAAUUUCUUCGCAGCCAGCCGUCUCGUAGAUGUGGUGAGCCCUAACGAAUUAGAGCUGGGCAUGAUGUUCGGUCGGCCCGGUUGGAAUGAGGGCAACCAAGACGACAGGGAUCUGGUCCAGAGAAUCUUGAGGUCGGGUAUUGGUCCUGAAGGAGAAGGUGUUCUAGCCAUCAGAGCUGGAAAGGAUGGAAGCUACUCGUACACGCGAACGCAAAGAAUAUGGCUGCCUGCUUAUCAUGAACCGGACCCUUCGAAAGCUUCACCAGUGACAGAUCCCACGGGUGCAGGAAAUUCAUUUCUUGGAGCUCUGGCGCAAGGCAUGGUGAACGCCAAUAGGGAGCCUGGAAAAGUCAUCGAAUCUACGCUGGGAGCAUCAGAAAACUGGAGAAAGUCGAUGGAUUCCUGGGGUAAAUAUAAAUAUAUUCCCAUGGCACUGAUCUUCGCCACUGUUGCCGCAGGCUUUGUGGUGGAACAGAUAGGCGUGCCCCAGGUAUCAGUGUCUAAGGAUGGAAAGGAGCUUUGGAAUGGAACUGGAUUCACGGAACGGGUCCGCCUGUACACACAAAGACUGUAUAAGACACUGGAAGAGUCACCCCAGAGAAUCAAUGGCUCGAUCGAUUGA